AUGGCAUUAGAACAAUCUUUGGCCCAAUUAUCUUUGGCUACCGUUUCUUCCCCAGAAAGUGAAAAGGCUUUACCAACCAAAUCUUUGGUUUUUAAACCAAAAACCGCCAAAACUGCCACCCCAGUUCCUGUUUUCGUUUUUGCAUUGCAUGAAACCGCCACUCCUUCAAACUUGAUUGCUAAGGCUGCUGGUGUUAAAGAACCAAGAUUGGCUAGAGAUGAUUUGGUCCAAGAAUUUUUCAAAACCUCAACUAAAGAAGUCUCUAUUGCCAACUUGUCUAAAGAAUUGGAAGGUAAAAUUAAAAUCGUCCUUGAUGACAAUGUCUUGAAAGCUGCCGAAAGUGGAAACUUGUUGAAAUUAUCCACUGAAAGUUCUGCUGCUGUUUUACCAGCGAAGACCGUUGUUGAGUUCUUGAAAUCAACUGGUAUUGAAAUCAUUGAAGUAGAUUUUGCAGCUGAACCAGCUCCAGCUCCAGCUGCUGCUACCCCAGCUGCUAAAAAGGAAAAGAAAGGUGAUGCCAAAUUAGAAGACGCUAAAUUGAUUGGUAUUACUGUUGACAAAGAAAAAGAUUUCUCCACUUGGUACACCCAAGUUGUCACCAAGGGUGAAAUGCUUGAUUACUAUGAUGUUUCUGGUUGUUAUAUUCUUAGACCAAACUCCUACUUUGUUUGGGAAACUAUCCAAGACUACUUUAAUGUUAGAAUCAAGAAAUUGGGUGUUCAAAACGCUUAUUUCCCAAUGUUUGUUUCCCAAAGAGUUUUAGAAAAAGAAAAGGACCAUAUUGAAGGUUUCGCUCCAGAAGUUGCCUGGGUUACUAGAGCCGGUAGUUCUGAAUUAGAUGAACAUAUUGCUAUUAGACCAACUUCUGAAACUGUCAUGUACCCAUACUAUGCCAAAUGGAUCAGAUCUCACCGUGACUUGCCAUUGAAAUUGAACCAAUGGAAUUCUGUUGUUCGUUGGGAAUUCAAGCACCCACAACCAUUCUUGAGAACCAGAGAAUUUUUGUGGCAAGAAGGUCACACUGCUCAUUUGACUCAAGAUGCUGCUGCUGAAGAAGUUUUGCAAAUCUUGGACUACUAUGCAGGUGUUUAUGAAGAAUUAUUGGCCGUUCCAGUUGUUAAAGGUAAGAAAACUGAAAAUGAAAAAUUUGCUGGUGGUGACUACACUACCACUGUUGAAGGUUUUAUUGCUGCCACUGGUAGAGGUAUUCAAGGUGGUACUUCUCAUCAUUUGGGUACUAAUUUCUCCAAGAUGUUCAACCUUUCUGUUGAAAGUCCAGAAGGUCCAGAAAAACCAAGAAUUUUUGCUUACCAAAACUCCUGGGGUUUGUCCACUAGAGUUAUUGGUGUCAUGAUUAUGACUCAUUCUGAUAAUAAAGGUUUGGUCUUGCCACCAAGAAUUGCUCAAUACCAAGCUGUUGUUAUCCCAGUUGGUCUUACUUCCAAGAGUUCUGAUGCUCAAAGAAAGGACAUCAACGAAGGUGCUCAAAAGAUUGAAAAGACUUUACAAGAUGCUGGUAUCAGAGCUACUGGUGAUUACAGAGAAAUUUAUAACCCAGGUUGGAAAUUUGCCGAUUGGGAAUUGAAGGGUGUUCCAUUACGUUUGGAAUUUGGUCCAAAGGAUUUGGCUGGUAACCAAGUUACUGUUGUUAGAAGAAACGAUGGUAAGAAGUACACUGUUAAAUUGGACGAAUUGCAAACCGAAAUUCCAAAGAUCUUAGAUGACAUGCACAAUGAUUUGUAUGCUAAAGCCAAAAAAGAAUUCGACGAACAUCGUGUUAAGGUUGACGAAUGGAAAGAUUUUGUCCCAACUUUGAACCAAAAGAAUGUUAUCUUGGCCCCAUGGUGUGGUGAUGCUGAUUGUGAAGAUGAUAUUAAAGACUCAUCUGCUAAGAAAGAUGAUGGUGAAGAUGAAGAAGUUGAUGAAAAGGCUCCAUCUAUGGGUGCCAAAUCAUUGUGUAUUCCAUUUGAACAACCUGAAUUGAAACAAGGACAAAAAUGUGUUAGAUGUGACAAGGAUGCUGUUACUUACUGUAUGUUUGGUAGAUCUUAUUAG